GAUAAAGAACGGACAACUUUGUCUUCUAUAUCGUCUUCUAAACUCCUUUACAGUUUAUUCACGGUAUCUAUGGAAAAUAUCGUUGGUGCCGACCUCUACACAACUGUUAUCCUGGGAUUGUUUGCUUCAGUUAUAAUACUUCUUAUGGUUCGCUCAAUAAAAUUAACGGAUUCCUUGGAUGACCAGGUAUCGCACGAUUACAGAGAGUUGAAACGGAGGGCUCAAAUGUGGCUAGCUGAUAUCAAGUCAAAGAGUCUGAACAAAGUCGCUAGAAAUCGCAGAAACUCAAGUUUUUUCUGUGGGUUCUUUUGUACUAUGUCUUAUACUGCCUACUCUUUAGCCGUUGUUUUAAUUUUUUAG